ACAAAUCCCAUGAUUCCGUGCAGUGAUCUUCGCAAUCUUCCUUUAAUCGCAUCAUCCAGGAGCUUCUGGAUCGCUGGGAUAAAGCUGGAGGAUUGAAGCUGAUUUUGUUUACAUGAUUUUUGGCUCUUCUUGAAAGCUGAAAGGUGGAACAGCGAUGAAAAUGGACUUAAAUGCCAUCAUAGAGAAGAUGGAAACGGGCGACCAGGACGCCGCACUGACAGCUUUACAGACCUAUAAUAAAGAGAAAUCACAGUGUUUUUUGUUUACCCCUGGGGAAGAGGAAGACAGAGAGGAUGGACAUUUGAAAGAGCGUCUGGGUGAGUUGGUGUUGGGCUUCCUGGAGAGAGACCUCCAGCCGUCCUGUCAGCUGGCCUGUCUGGAAACCAUCCGCAUCCUGUCCCGUGACAAGAAGAGCUUGGCUCCCUUCGCCACCCGCCACGCCAUGCAGAUCCUGAUCCGACACGCCGGCCUCGGGCAGGGUGAGGGCGUCACACCUGAGAUCCCGGACCUGGAGGUGAUCGUGGAGGCCCUGAAGUGCUUGUGCAACAUCGUGUUCAACAGCGGUGCGGCUCAGGAGGCGGGGGCGGAGCUCCAGCUGAUCGUGGGAUUGGCCGAGAGGCUUAAGCAGUGCCGCGAGCCGCAGUGGAACCACGAGGUGCGAUUCUUCGACCUGCGCCUCACGUUUCUGAUCACGGCCCUGCGCGUGGACGUGAGAGCCCAGCUGGCACGCGAGCUGCGGGGUGUUAGCCUGCUGUCGGAGGCUCUGGAUGCCACGCUUGGCCUCUGCUGGCCCGACAUGUACGAGGUGGCCCGUGCGGGAUUCGACGGCUGCUCAGAGCUGCCCCUGCUGGGGAGGCAGGAGGCCGAGCGAGCCAUGGAGAUCCUGAAGAUCCUCUUUAACGUCACCUUUGAUUCCAACCGCCGCAAGGUGGACGAGGAAGAAGCAGCCACUUACAGACACCUGGGAGCCAUACUGAGACACUGCAUCAUGAGCACCUCAGAGGGAGAGGAGCGCACAGAAGAGAUGCACAGCCACACGGUGAACCUGCUGGGGAACCUGCCGCUUCCGUGUCUUGACGUUUUGCUGAUGCCUAAAGUCCAGCAGGGCUCUAUCGAGUACAUGGGCGUCAACAUGGACGCUGUUAUGGUGCUGCUGGAGUUUAUGGAGAAAAGACUCGGCCGGGGAAACAAGCUGAAGGAAACCCUGCUGCCCUCAUUAAACCUACUAACCGAGAGCGCUCGCAUCCACAGAGAGACCAGGAAGUUUUUACGAAUGAAGGUGCUUCCCCCAUUACGAGAUGUCAAAAACAGACCUGAGGUCGGUAACGCUUUACGGAACAAGAUAGUGCGCCUAAUGACCCACAUAGACACGGACGUGAAGCACUGUGCAGCUGAGUUCCUGUUUGUCCUGUGCAAGGAGAGUGUUUCCAGGUUUAUCAAGUACACGGGUUACGGUAACGCGGCGGGGCUCCUGGCCGCUCGAGGACUGAUGAGAGGCGGUCGAGACCCUGGACAUUACUCUGAAGAUGAGGACAGCGAUACUGAGGAGUACAGAGAGGCAAAACCUCAUAUCAAUCCAGUGACUGGCCGUGUGGAGGAGGAGCAGCCCAACCCUAUGGAGGGAAUGACUGAAGAACAGAAAGAAUACGAAGCCAUGAAACUGGUCAACAUGUUCGACAAACUCUCUAGGGAGCAGGUGAUCCAGCCAAUGAAAAUUGGAGCCGAUGGUAAAAUGACUUCGUUGGAACCACAAGAGCUUCGUUUUUUAGCCCGCCAACAGUUCGGAGAGUCCAAUAAUUCUGACAGUGACAGCGACACAAACUAAUCCAAGUCUUUUAACA